AUGUCGGACCAUGGCAGCAACGAGUCGAGACGAUCCUCUUCGCAGACCUCGCACAAUUCCGCCGACCAGAAGAAGCUGUCGAAGACAAUUCGUGCGCAACCCAAACGCCAUGGCUCCAAGCACUCCUCAAGGUCCAUCGACGAAGAUGAUCCUGCCCUGACCUCCUUUCCAUCCUUCUCCCCUGAGCUGGAGACGAAGUCGUCAAAAAGCACUGUGCAAGAGGCCCUGCGCCAACCACUCCGAACAAUUUCUCAAAAGGCAAGGGACCGGAAGGCUACACUAGCUGGCUUGACGAGUGCUUCCCCGUCGUUAAAACAAAAUGCCUUGUUCGAUGACUCUCCGCGGUCGUCUCUGGAUAUUCCAGGUUCUCUGCAUCUGGCGAGCGAUGAACACAUAGAAAGACUUAUUGCCAGGACAGGGGCCGUCAAGCUGGUUCGACAAUAUGCUGCAGAUCUGGCCCAGAGAGAUGCUGAGAUAUCCGCUUUACGGAUUAGAGCGGACCAUAGAGAGAGGGAGUUGAAGAGGAUCCUGCGAGAAACCAAUGUGCCGACUGCGGAGGUCGAAAAGCGGCUGCUGCGGUUGGAACAGGGAGAGAGUGACCCUAGCCUCGGGGCAUCAUCCAUACCUGUGGAUCGCACUCCUCCCUCGCUGAAUGGCAUGAUGUCAGAAGCGAUGGCUGACGGUAUCGUGCUCAGCAGCCCUCUGGAGAGCACCUUUCCUCCAGUUCCUGGCACCGACCCUCGAGGUCCAACCGGAGUUCUACAAGCGGAGCUUGAAGCCAGUCGCAGUAGAGCUGGGUCAAUGGCGUCUUCUCAGGCAAGGGCAAGUCGCACACCGAGCCGAGCAAACAGUAGCCGCAGCGACAGCAGCCAGGACAUGGAGGCAACACUGCGUCCCCGCGUCUCGAGCUCCAAUGUCAACAAGGGUUCAGCUCUCCAGGCUAUCUUUCAGCCUCCUUCAAACUCGUCCAGCUACUUCAUUGGUGGCAAGACCCUCACCAGGAAGCCGAAGGCGGCUGACGAGGCUAGUGUACGAUCCAACCAGUCCGGCCGCUCUUUUGCCUCCUGGACUCAGAUUUUCAGCGGCAAGACCCAGGCUGGUCGAUCUAGAGCAUCGUCACUUGGCCAGGGUCAAACUCCGACAGCAGAAGCUGAGACGGCGCUUUCGAAAACAAGAACGAACACUGCCCUAACACCAAAUAAAUCUUCAGCCUCCCUGCCUGCCACUGGCACAGUCAAGGGUCGCCCUCCGCCAAAACGCGUACCCACUGCCAGUCGACUCACCCCCAGCCCAGGCCAUACUCGGAAAGAGUCGAAUGCAAGCAGCCUGCCUCCAACCGUUGAGCUGGACUCUAUGAUUGAAAGCUCGCAACUGCCGCCGACCAUGACAAACCAUAGCGUUGAAGCGACGGGACUACUGACAGAUAGAUUCGGCUUCAUCUACGAUCAAAAGCGACGGAAGAGACAGAGCCUGCCACUUCGUGGGCAUAGGCGGAACAAGCUGAGUGCCAAUGAAACCAUAGCCAGCUUCAGAGUAGGGGAAAGUCCCCAAUCUACCGAGGUCUUGAUUGACAGACCAGCUACUCCUGCUUCGAUUGACGAUGAAACGCCGAAGAAAUCAUGGCAAGAUUAUCUCAAGGUCCCUGCAGCUCUGUCCUCCGGGAGGCCGAAGGAGUUACUCUCACAUACACCCUCUGCUGGCGCUGUUGUGACGGUCAGCACUGCCGAUGCGACAGGGACUUUGACACCACCGCACCGAAGUCGGGAGGCUUCUAUUUCCAUCUCUGCGGCCUCGAAGAAGGCACUUCCAACUAGCAGCGUGGUCAUGGAGCCGCAAUCUUCGGCAGUCACCGCUACGUCGACAGAUUUUGGCCUCGACUCAGAAUCUGAAAACCUGGCCGAUUCUACUUCGGCCAAAUUACUCCUUGAACAGCUCACCGAGUUAUACGACGCACUCCAAUCUGAGAGGGCUGCACGGUGGAACGAUUUCUUGCGGCGGGUCAGAGCAGAGCGUGCCAACAAUCCAGACCGUGCCACCAACAACACCCCCGAGGCCGAUCUGCUGGAAGGCGAAUUGAUCGGAAUUGCAACACUUGGGCGUUCCACCAAGACGAAAGCCAAGUACAUGCACUUCAGGUCGUUGGUACUCGGUGGAAUCCCUGUCUCACUGCGACCAAAGAUCUGGGCGGAAUGCUCGGGCGCCAGUGCUUUACGAAUUCCAGGCUAUUAUGAAGACCUGGUGGCACGGUCGAUAGAAGGCACCGAUAUCGAUCCUGACAUUGCCAGUCAGAUCAAGGCUGACGUGCAUCGCACGUUGACGGACAAUGUCUUCUUCCGACACGGGCCUGGCGUGCAAAGACUGGAGGAGUUGUUGAGGGCAUAUUCUUUGCACAAUCCGCGCAUCGGCUACUGUCAAGGCAUGAACCUCAUUACCGCCUCGCUUCUGCUCAUCUGCGCCACCGCCGAGGAUUGCUUUUGGCUGCUCGUCGCCAUCAUUGACGUGAUUCUGCCCAGCCAGUACUUCAGUUCGACGUUGCUGGUUGCCCGUGCCGAUCAAGUGGUCCUUCGUCACUACGUCGCCGAGGUAUUACCCAAGCUGAGUGCCAAACUCGACGAGCUGGGCGUGGAAUUGGAGGCUUGCACAUUCCACUGGUUUCUGUCCCUCUACACGGGUGUAUUGACUGGAGGUGAAGCUCUCUACCGAGUCUGGGAUGUAAUUCUCUGUCUGAAUAGUUCGGAUGCGUCACCGUAUGCGCUGACUCAAUCCAAGGCCACCCUUGGGGUGGACCUGCCUUCACUCAACUUGAGUACGCCGUCGACGCCCGUCACUCCAGCACAUCCUCCACCAGAACCCGCUGAUGCCAAGUCUUCUGACGAGCACGACGGGACGAGUUCAUCCUUCCUCUUCCAACUCGCCCUGGCGUUGCUCAAGCUCAACGAGAAUGCAAUCCUGGCACUAGACUCGGCGGCACAGGUCUACACUUACAUCAACCACAACAUGACCAACCACGCUAUCAGCAUUGACGCGCUGGUCCAGGCGAGUGAGGGCCUGCGGGCGAAGGUUGUAAGGAAAGAGGUGCUGGAGAAGAGGAAGGAAGCCAUAGCCGAGUUAGGUGGUUGA